AUGCGGUUAGCGGAAGGAAAUCAGAGUGCUGGAGUCACGUUCACCCUCUUGGGCUUCUCAGAGUAUCCCAAUCUCCAGGUUCCCAUGUUCCUGGGGUUCCUGACCAUCUACACGGUCACUGUGCUGGGGAUCCUGGGCAUAGUCCUGACUAUCAAGGUCAGCCCCAGAGGCCACACCCCCAUGUACUUCUUCCUCAGCCACCUGUCCUUUGUUGAUUUCUGUUAUUCCACCACAGUUACACCCAAACUCUUGGAGAACUUGGUUGUGGAAGACAAAACUCUCUCUUUCACAGGAUGCAUCAUGCAGUUUUUCUUGGCUUGUAUAUUUGCAGCAUCAGAAGCAUUAAUGUUGGCAGUGAUGGCCUAUGACCAAUUUGUGGCAGUUUGUAAGCCUCUUCUCUACACAAUGGUCAUGUCCCCAAAGGUCUGUGCAUCAUUGGUGGCCGGGCCCUCCACGUGGGGUGUCGUCUCUUCCCUGACACUCACCUGUUUCCUCCUGGCAUUAUCCUUCUGUGGCUCUAUCAUAAAUAACUUUGUCUGUGAGCACUCUGUCAUUGUCUCCAUCUUCUGCUCGGAUCCCUACAUCAGCCAAGUGCUGUGUUUUGUCAUUGCUAUACUCAAUGAGGUGAGCAGCCUGGUAAUUAUCCGCACUACUUAUAUUUCCAUUUUUGCCACUAUCAUAAAAAUGCCUUCUGCUGGUGGGCACCAAAAAGCCUUCUCUACUUGUGCCUCCCAUCUGACCACCAUCACCAUUUUCCAUGGGACUGUCCUGUUCCUUUAUUGUGUACCCAGCUCCAAAACCUCGUGGCUCAGAGUUAAAUUAGGUUCUGUAAUUUAUACAGUGGUGAUUCCCAUGUUGAACCCUCUGAUCUAUAGCCUCAGGAAUAAAGAUGUGAAAGAGAGUGUCAGGAAAUUAAUAACAGAAAAAAUACACUCAAAGAUAAAAGUUAACCAUACUUAUUUAUAUGAACACUUUUACCAAUGA